AUGUCGAACAAACAGGGCAAGAUGGCUGGUUACAUCAACUACCGUAUGAGGGUUACCUUGAACGAUGGCCGCCAAAUGACGGGACAGAUGCUUGCAUUUGACAAGCACAUGAACCUCGUCCUCGCCGAUACCGAAGAGUUCCGACGCGUCAAGAUCAGGCAGAACAAGCCUGCCGCUCCUGGCGCUAGCUCCAGCUCAGGCCAAACGAUUGAGAAGGAGGAGAAGCGGACCCUGGGCUUGACGAUUGUCCGCGGCGCACAUAUCGUCUCUCUUUCAGUCGAAUCAGAGCCUCCUGCAGACCCCAGCGCGCGACUUGGAAAGAGUGCGCCGGGCGGGAUUUCGGCCGGUCUCACCGCUGGUCCUGGUGUUGCGCGACCGGCCGGCCGCGGCGCUGCCCCGGCUCCCCCAUCACUGGCCGGCCCUGCUGCCGGUGUUGGAGGCGGUGCUCCUCCCGGAUUCCCUGGCUUCCCCGGUGCCCCGCCUUUCGGCGGACGUGGAGCUCCUCCCCCGGGGUUCCCCGGCGCGUUCCCGCCCCCAGGCUUCCCUCAAAACGCUCCCUUCCCUCCUCCUGGUUUCAACCCCGGCCCUCCUGGUGGAACCCCGGGCUUCAACCCUCCCCCGCGAAGAUAG